UUAUUCAGAUGGUAUCCAAUAUGGCGGAAAAAGUGUAAUUUAUUUUAGAAAUUAUAGACAUAUUCAUAGAUUUUCGUAAAAUGGCUGAAUGUAUUACAUCUUUGGAUCCUGGAAUAAUAGCAGAUGUAAAACAACUUUUGUGGGGUGACGAUUUGAAAGAUGAAGUCUUUUUAAGAUGGAUGCAAGGAUUUGCAUUUAGUGAAAAUGAGAGCACAGCUUUAGUACAGUAUGAAGGUGGACCUUGUGCUGUAAUUGCCCCUGUUCAAGGAUUUGUUAUUAAAAAUGCUCUAUUCAGUCAACAUCCUGUAGAAGAUUUGUCACAAGUAACAGUGGAGGAAAGUACAGAACUUUUGCUGCAGGCAUUAUGUGAUAUAUUUGUACAUGUUUCUUCUGGGGCUUACACAAUCCUUAGUCUUGAACAUGGGUCAUGUGAUAGCAAUAACCAAUCAGAGAGCAGUAACCAAAGUGAGGCAGGGGAGAGUUCAUGUAAAAAAUCUAGACUGGACCAAGAAAUGUUCCAUUCCAAAUUAAGAUGUACAAAGUGUUUAGAUGAAGAUAUGUUGAGGAGGAACAUGAAGACGAGCAUAGAAGAAUUUAUGGGACCUUCUGGUGUACUCUUGUACCUAUACUCUAUUAUCAUUACCAAAGGUAUAGAACAAAUAAAGAAUGAGGUAGAGGACCCUGGGGAACCUCUUAUAGAUGGUAUAUAUGGUCAUGGCAGCCAAAGUUUAAUCAACCUACUUAUAACAAGUAAAGCAGUCACUAAUGUAUGGGAUAACGAUAAAGAUGUCUCUGGUUUAAAAUUACAUGGAGUAUGUAAAAGAGCAUAUAUAGGAUUUUUAUCUUUCAUGGAACAUUUAAGAUAUUGUGAAGUAGGCUGGAAUUUAAAGAAUCCCGAGUAUCCAGUUUGGUUAAUAGGAAGUGAAACUCAUUUAACAGUCUUGUUUUCUAAGAAUAAAAAUUUAGUAAUCACAGAAACAUUAGAGUCAAGUGCUAGGAGAAUUUUCCAAUCAUUUGAUCCAGAAGGUAAUGGCUUUAUAGCAACAAUUGUACUAGGUGAUCUACUGGCAGCUUUAGAUCUAGUGUCUGAUAAAGAAUAUGUAGAUAUAAUGGCAUCUAAGUUAGACUCGGAGAACCUUGGUAUCAUUACACAGAACAGCUUCUUUGAAGAGUUCUUUGCAGGGGAAACAACUCCAGAAGUACCAAAGAAAUUUACAUUGUACCAUUACAAUGGUCUUCCACGAUCAUGCCAUGAUAAAAAGGUAAUGUAUCAUGAAUGUAGUGCAGUAUUACAAGAUGAUAUCGAGGUACAAUUAUUGAGUGAUGUUACACCUAUGAAAAUGGUCUUGUUGACAAAAUGGCCGACGAUUGAAGUUAAAUGGAAGGAGGAUAUUAUACCAUCAUUAAACUGAAUAGAUGACCAACACAUGAACUCUUACCAUGAUCAACACAUGAAUUUAUAUCAACACAUGAACUUAUAUCAACACAUGAACUUAUACCAUGAUCAUUUCAUGAAUUUAUACAAUGAUAAACACAUAAACUCUUAGCAUGUAAAAACUCUUAGCAUGUAAAACACAUGAAUUUAUACUAGUAAAAGAUCAAAAUACAAACUUAUAUAUAUAUAUAUAUAUAUGAGUGAGAAGGAAAUAUAUACAUAUAAUGGGAAAAUAAAGUACAGAAGAAAUAUUGGGGCUACAUGAAGUCAACUGGAAGAAUAAGAUUGAACGGAAACAGACAUUUUCAGUGCAACAAACUGAAAACUACAGGGUUAUUGAAAUUAAUAAUUCCAGUGAUGAAAAAUCAAUUAAUUAUUAUCAUUUUUAUUACCUCCCUUUGAUAAAUGAGAAGGUGGUAAUAUUAAAAUGGUGUUGUCUGGAAGUCUGUCAGGGUCCACACCUUCCAAUCAGCUUGUCACAUUUUUGGCAGAAAUGUUUGUAUGAAAUAGAAGAUGAGGAUCACUAAGUUUCAUCAAAAUUAUAGCCCUUGAUAUAUAAGGCAUUUUUAAUUGGCAAUUACUGUUUUAAGGCAUAUUUUACCAGUGGUUCAUUAGAUUAUAAUAAAACUCGGCAAGAAUGUUUAAUAGUUAGGAAAUGUUGCUCUUUAGUUAUUGUUAAAAUGUGUGUAUUUAUGAGUUAUGGCCAUUUAUUACUUAAAAAUGGCUUUUUAUAAAUGAAAUUUAAGAUUUUGAGCCGCAUUUUAAUGAGGGCUUUGUGAUUUAAUCAUUUUAGUGAAUUUACAGCCCUUUUCAAGUCUAUGUGCAACUGUUGCAGUAUUGUCAUCAAGUGUCCUAUUGCAUACAUAUAUUGUCAGGCUUUUGUUUUAAAUUUAAUUACUUUUUAGGUAUUUAUAUAUGGCCAUUGUUGUUGUCUUUCUUCAUAUGUUAGAAAUAGAGGAAUUUAUUACCCUUCCAGAUUUUUUCCGCCUUUUUGAUUGGAUAUUGAUCACCCGAAAGAAAUUGAUAUAACCGAGCCAGACGGGUAAUAUACACACUAAAUUUCCCCGUUGGGUACCCAACGUUGUAAACAACAUGCGCUGAGGUGAUGCGCGUACGGUUCGAUUUUACGCGGUGUAAAUUCCGAUUUAAAAGCACUUUUUAACUGUCAAAUGAUAAAUAUUUACAAAAGUAGAGUAAUGAUACAUAUUACCAUCAGUAUCGAAAACAAAUAUGACCUUGUGAAAGCUUGAUAUUAAUUACAAAAAAGUGCGUUUAAUAGACUACUCCUUUUCUCUUGUUUACAUUUAUUAGGUACGGGAAAAACACGUCAUGUAUUUAUGUGACGUCAUGUUGUGACGAAGGGGUACUCUAAAGGGAAUCUUAUUUCGACGUUUCAUUUGAAACAGCAAUGAUUUUUUAAAAAAUCGUCUAAACUCGGCAGGGGAAGGGUAAUAAAAUUAUUAUUUUGGUUUUGGAGUGAUAUAUGUGGAUAUAUUACCUGCCAAGAUAAAAUAUCACCCUCGCCUAACGGCUCGGGUGAUAUAAAAUCUUAACAGGUAAUAUAUCCACAUAUAUCACUCCAAAACCAAAAUAACAUAUAAUGUUUCUGUGUGCAUAUGGUCUCUGGCAUUCGGAGGGAAUUUCAACCUUUCUUAUUGGUGGCAAAUCUUUGUUUGUGACACUUCCAGUUGCUUUGAUCUAACCAUAUUUUUCUGAAAGUAUUAAUAAGUAUUUUGAAAACAGUUAUAUAUAUCAGUUAUUUAGUUACUUUCUUUGAUGAUAUAUUGUGCAAUGAGUGAGCAGUUAUAUAAUAUCGGGUUUACUUUGGGACCAUACGCCCCUUUUAAUUGAAUUGCAAUGAUCACAGCUAUAUGAACACAUCUGCAAAUUUUUAUCAAAUUCAAAAUUUGCUAUUUCAUGUUGAAUGUUGAAUUCUGCUUAAUUCUGUGCUAGGAGGCGUGGACGGUAGCUUGCACUUUCCAAUACUUGUAGAUGAACAAGCUCAAUGAAGCCAAGCCUGCAACAUUUUCAAUUUUGCCAUUUUGGACUUUAUUAAUGGAUUUUUCAUUUCUUUUUGGACAGUUCAUGUACAAAGCUUUUGGAGUAUCAAAACAACUUGAGCAAAAAUAUUAUAUUCUUUAUCAUUCUCUUUUUCUGUUACAGCUUAGUAAAUAUGUUUGAUUUAGAUUUAACUCUUUUUUUUCCCCAUGCACUUUGAACUUUGUUAUGGACAGAAAACAAGGAAAGGUGAGAUUUGAAUUGAUAAAGAACUUAUUUUAUUCAGAAUUCAUUUUAGUUGAGAGUGUAGGAUGCUGUAACCUUAUAUACUCUUAUACAUCCCUGACACCAACCAGUACUGAGCAAUGAGUGUAAAGUUCCUUGAUAACAAAAACAACGGCUUUCCCCUGAUGAACUUUGAACCCACGCGGCUAGAGAACCUUAGAUUACUAGUCAGAUGUGUUUAUUACUUGUCCAUGCUGCCACUUCAAUAUACUAGAAUGUUUAAAGUUGUUUACUAUAUUUAUUAGUAUUACAAAUGAUUUAAUGAUGCAAGGUGCUGUUUGUAGUAUUAUAGAGGUAAUAAGUUAGCAUAUGUUAUAUAUGUUAAUUAGAUAUGUAUAGUCUACAGCUUAAUGAAGAUUCAGAUAGGAAAUCCAUGUCUCAUGAUGUGAUAAUGUUCUUGUACAAUCAAAAUAUAUAUAACAUUUAAGUACAGUGUCAUUUCUAAAGUGAUAUUUUAAAGGCCCUAAAAAUGCUACCAUUUUUAUUUCUUACUAACUUUUUAUUUUUUAUGCCCUUUAAAGUUUCCAAAACGUUAGUUAUGUGUCGUAGAGGUAGCAAAAUGUAAACAAAGUAGUAUUUUGACCUACAUUUUGACUAAAUAUAUCAUUUGCAAACAGAGCAAAAUAUUGUUUAUGUACAUGGCAAAUGAGUUUUAGUUUAGAAACAGUGACAAAAUACCAAAGAUAGAAAGUUUUUGAAAAAUAAAUAUUAUAGCAUUUCUAAGGCAUAAUGGGCCUUUAAAAGGUAAUUGUAAUGAAAUAUUUAAUACAUGAGUGAAAGCUAUUUAUUACUCAAAGUAAAAUAGAUGUAAGUAUUUACAAAGAUGCUGACAGGUUAUAUGACUCAGUUUAUAAGGUUGUUAGGUUCUAUAUAACCUGAGCAACUAGGUGAGUGUUAUAUUGCAAACAACCAUUUAUGCACAGCCAUAUAACAUGUCAGACAUUUUUAUAACAAAAUAAUGCAAAAAAUCCUUAGAUUAUCCAAUGAAAUGCGAUAUUACAAACGAGCAGUAUUAUAAACAUGUAUAUAUAGUGUAUUUUAAGUAGAAUAUAUGUUAAUUAUAUUUGGUCAUACAGUGCGACUGUUAACCAGUAAUCUGAUGAUAUAGUCUUGAUAUCAAAAUACUAAGGUUUUUUAGUAUCAAAAAUAAGUUGAACCACCAUGAGUUAAGAGCAUGGUCAGAUUGCAUUUAAGUCUUGGCUGGCCUGGUAAAAGUUUAUCACUGUUGGUCCGAGCAGAGUAAGGGCAAACAUGAAGUAUUAUAUCAUAACAACAAGACUGUGGCAAUGAGAUCAAGAUGUGGUAAUGACAACCUUUGUAUCUUAACAAAAGUGUGGUAAUGAAAACCUGAAUUUCAUUACAAGGGUGGUAAUAAGAACAUCUAUAUCAUAACAAGGGUGGUAAUGAGAACCUCUAUAUCAUAACAAGGGUGGUAAUAAGAACAUCUAUAUCAUAACAAAAGUGUGGUAAUGAGAACCUCUAUAUCAUAACAAGGGUGGUAAUGAGAACCUCUAUAUCAUAACAAGGUUGGUAAUGAAAACCUCUAUAUCAUAACAAGGGUGGUAAUGAGAACCUCUAUAUCAUAACAAGGGUGGUAAUGAGAACCUCUAUAUCAUAACAAGGGUUGUAAUAAGAACCUCUAUAUCAUAACAAAAGUGUGGUAAUGAGAACCUCUAUAUCAUAACAAGGGUUGUAAUGAGAACCUCUAUAUCAUAACAAGGGUGGUAAUGAGAACCUCUUUAUCAUAACAAGGUGGUAAUAAGAACCUCUAUAUCAUAACAAGGGUGGUAAUGAGAACCUCUAUAUCAUAACAAGGGUGGUAAUGAGAACCUCUUUAUCAUAACAAGUGUGGCAAUGAGAACCUCUAUAUCAUAACAAGGGUUGUAAUGAGAACCUGUAUAUCAUAACAAGAGUCUUGCAUUUAGAACUUCUAUAUAUAGCACAAGCUGUGGCAAUGUUAACAUAACAAAAUGAAGUAAUGAGAACCUCUACCGGUAUAUCAUAAUAGUAGUGUGGUAAUGAAAACCUAUAUCAUAACAAUGCAUGGUAAUGAGAACCUCUAUAUAUAGCACAAGAUGUGGUAAUGAAAACCUCUAUAUAUAGCACAAGAUGUGGUAAUGAAAACCUCUAUAUAUAGCACAAGAUGUGGUAAUGAAAACCUCUAUAUUAUAACAAGAGUGGUAAUGAGAACAUGAGUACCUCUAUAUACAUACACAAGCAUGACAACUCUACACAAUCCUCAACUAUUAUUAUUUUUACUUCAAUGCUGGCACUUUAGUUUGAUUCAUUUUAACUUGAGAUUAAAGCUAUUCCACUGUUUUUAAUAUUUAGAAAUUUGGCUUGAGUACAUACAUGUAUAAUUGCUUUAGUUUACUGGUACAUUCAGAAUUAAUCAACAUAAAAGAAAUUCAGUUGAAUUAAGUUGAGCUUUUUUUAGCGACAAAAAAGAGUGUGUGAACAAUCUGCAUUGUUAUCUAACCAGAUAUGCUAUGGGCUUGUCAGUUGUAUUGUUUUGAUAUUGUCAAAUUCAUUGAUAUUGAAAUCCCUUCAAAUGAAUUCCAGACUUUAGCAUAAUACAAAUACAGGUGGGCACAUUAGUUAAGUAAAUUAAUACUCCUAAUACCUAUAAUCUUGUAGUAGCAAGAGUGCCUUCUUUACCAAAUGGGAAUUAAUCGGAAGUGCCAGCUGUUAUUAUUAUGAUAUCAAUUUUUUGUUUACUUUAUUCUCAUGUUGUAAUUUUACAAAUGAAAUCUUAUAUGAGUUAUUAAGAUUUAAAACUUCUUAUUUUGUGUUUUUCUUAUUUUUGUGUUUAUUUAAGAAUAAAAUUUACAUAUAACAA